AUGUAUCAGAAAUUGGCCGCAAUCACGGCCUUCCUGGCUGCUGCUCGUGCUCAGCAGGUCUGCACGCAACAGGCGGAGACUCACCCACCUCUGACAUGGCAGAAAUGCACAGCUUCCGGUUGUACAGCUCAACAAGGCUCUGUAGUUCUUGAUGCCAACUGGCGUUGGACUCACGAUACCAAGAGCACCACCAACUGCUACGAUGGCAACACUUGGAGCUCGAGCUUGUGCCCCAACGAUGCGACUUGUGCCCAGAAUUGUUGUUUGGAUGGAGCCAACUACUCGGGCACUUACGGAGUUACCACUAGCGGCGACGCUCUCACUCUCCAAUUUGUCACUGCGUCGAAUGUCGGCUCCCGCUUGUACUUGAUGGCAUCUGAUACUACCUACCAGGAGUUCACGCUGUCUGGCAACGAGUUCUCCUUUGACGUCGAUGUUUCUCAAUUGCCUUGCGGCUUGAACGGAGCCCUGUACUUCGUCUCCAUGGACGCGGAUGGUGGCAAGAGCAAGUACCCAACCAAUGCUGCCGGUGCCAAAUACGGCACAGGUUAUUGCGACAGCCAAUGCCCUCGUGACCUGAAGUUCAUUAACGGUCAGGCCAAUGUGGAGGGUUGGCAGCCAUCCUCCAACAACGCCAAUACUGGUGUUGGCAAUCACGGAAGCUGCUGCUCAGAGAUGGAUAUCUGGGAAGCAAACUCCAUUUCUGAGGCUCUUACUCCCCAUCCUUGCGAGGAUGUCGGUCAGACGAUAUGCACCGGCGAUUCUUGCGGUGGAACUUACUCUGAUGACCGAUAUGGCGGUACUUGCGACCCUGAUGGAUGCGACUGGAACCCAUACCGCCUGGGCAAUACCUCCUUCUACGGACCUGGUUCAUCAUUUGCUCUUGAUACCACCAAGAAAUUGACCGUUGUGACCCAGUUCGCCACCAACGGUGCAAUCAGCCGAUACUAUGUUCAGAAUGGAGUCAAGUUCGAGCAGCCCAGCGCUACACUUGGCAGCUACACUGGCAACACGAUCAACACCGACUACUGUGCAGCUGAGCAGACAGCUUUUGGCGGAACCUCAUUCUCAGACAAGGGCGGCCUUGCCCAGAUCAACAAGGCAUUCCAAGGCGGUAUGGUCUUAGUCAUGAGUUUGUGGGAUGAUUACGCUGUCAACAUGCUUUGGUUGGAUUCCACCUACCCAACAAAUGCCACUGGUACCCCCGGCGCCAAGCGAGGAACUUGCUCUACUAGCUCUGGUGUUCCCGCCCAGGUCGAAGCUCAGUCACCUAACGCCAAAGUCAUCUACUCCAACAUCCGCUUCGGACCAAUUGGCAGCACUGGCGGCAGCACUGGCAGCCCCCCUCCCGGAACCUCGACCACUCGUCUGCCUCCGUCCAGCACUGGAAGCUCGCCCACCGCGACCCAGACACACUACGGCCAAUGUGGUGGAACUGGCUGGACCGGACCUACCAGAUGCGCUAGCGGCUACACUUGCCAAGUUCUGAACCCAUUCUACUCUCAGUGCCUGUAA